GAACUACUAACGGCUUCUGUUACCACUCUUGUUGGCGUUACCGUAUCGACUAUUGUUGCCAAUGACAACCUUCAAAAAAGCCAAACAAACCACUGAGUUUCGGCUUUUUAAUAUUUUCCUGUGAUGCGUUUGCCGCAGAUUUUUCACAGCCUGCACAAGCGUCUCCAAAGAAUGUUUGAAAAAAGCCACGAAGGCGGCGACAGUGCCACGCCCAGCAUCCAGGAUAUUGCUGGCAGGCUUGCGGAGGAGCAGCAGCGCCUGCGGCAACAGGAGGCCACCGCAAUGCCCAAGGAGCGAACGGUGCUCAUCCUGGGAAGCAAAUGUGUGGGCAAGACUACGGUUAUUAACAAAUUCUUCGACCGUGAAGAGCACACAACGCGACCCACCCUGGCACUGGAGUACAGCUACGCCCGCAGGAUAGGAAAUGGAAAAACGCCCCAGGUGAUGAACGUUUGGGAAUUGGGAUCCUUGGAAAAUGCCGAUCAGUUGCUGGAAGUCCCCAUGAGGACGCAUGGCUUGCAUCAGUUCGCUGUCUUGAUUAUGCUGGAUCUCUCGCAACCACAACGCUUUUGGACUGACUUGGAGUGUGCGUACAAGGGCUUGAAGGACACGGCCCAGCAGAUGAUGGAGAGCCUGUCGCCAGAGCUCAGGGAGAUCGUAGAACAGAGAACACUGGAGCGAUUGGGCCAACAGAGCAAAGAAGACCUGGGAAAUCAGGAGCCACUGCCCUUUCCUGUCGUCAUUGUGGGUGGGAAGUACGAUGUCUUUGCGGGCUUGGAUCCUGCUGUCAAGAAACACACCUGCCGGUGCCUGCGCUCCAUGGCCCACCUGAUCGGUGGGGCUUUGCUCUUUUACUCGCAACGUGUGCCCAAGCUAGCAAAGGUGCUCAAGGACACCAUAUGCCACCUGGGCUUUGGCAGCCCGGCCCAACCUUUUCGGAGCUACACAACGGACUUCAAUGAACCUCUAAGCAUUUGGUUUGGAACGGACAGUUGGUCGAAGAUCGGAGACACCGGAGCUCAAAGUGUGGAGAGGAUUGGAGCCGCUUUCGGGGUGGAAGUGCCCCAAUUGCAGUUGGAGAAAAGGAAAAUACAGGAAACUACUGACCCAGCCAAAGAUCCUGGGUUCAAGGAGUCCCUCAUCGACGAAAUGCGGGCUCAAAAGAACGAGGAACUAACUGGAAUUAUGAGGGAUGUCCUGAUGCGUGGAAAGUUUGAAAGUGUUCAAAAUUAAAUUUAAUUUAUGUUCUGAAUAAACAAUAUUUACAUGUAAUAU